CUUGUUAUAGCAGAGGCCUGGAUUGUGCAUCUGUGUGCUACUCCACUCAUCGAGUAAACAAAAAUUUCAUCGGAUGAAGACCAAUUUCAGAGUGAACAGAAAGAAGAGGAAACGUACUACUUUGGUCUGGGAAGAGCCCCUGGCCCCACUUUACUGAGAGUCCCGGACAGUUCACAGUACACUUAAUUGUGGUGUAAGGCACUAGCUUGUUAUUAUGUGUUGUACCAGUUGAGAGAUGGAUGUUCAAGCUUUGCGCAACUUGAGUAGCUCAUCAGACUCUGUUUCCACACUGAACAGUGAAGAGUUUGUCCUUGUAUCUCAGCAAGCAGAAGAAUCUUCAAAUGAUGAGGAGGAAGGUCCAACUCUAAAGAUACGUUGCAAUGAGAGUGAGCAGCAGCUAGAGAAGGCACUGGAGGAAGGACAAAGAGAUGAAAUGAUGGCUGGGGCAGGAGCUGAGGAGGGAUGUAGACUCUCAUCGAUACAAAGAACAUCUGUGAAACAGAAACGUCUGCAUUUAACUUUAACUUCUGCAGAGGAAGAACUCCUUGCACCUAAAGCUACAUCACCCAAUGCAGAGGAAGAAGAGAGUGUGCUAUUCAACAAGUUAACCUACCUGGGUUGUACAAAGGUGAUUUCUCCUCGCAAUGAAGCAGAGGCUCUUCGUGCCAUGGCCAACCUCCGUGCCAGCUGCCAAGUUCCUAUUCACAUAACUCUGUAUGUGCCAAAUGUUGCAGAUGGAUCUGUAAGGAUAAUAGACCAGACCACGACCACUGAGAUAGCUGCGUUUCCAAUAUAUACAGUGUUAUUCUGUGUCCGAGGUGUUAAUGGGACUGCAGAAAGUAAUUGCUUUGCAUUUACUGAAAGUUACUGCAGUACUGAUGAGUUCCAACUUCACGUGUUCUGCUGUGAGAUCAAAGAAGCAGCCAGCCGCAUUUUGUACAGUUUUGCCACUGCUUUUCGUCGAUCUUCUAAACAAACGACAAAAGAGAAAGAUAUGUGCGGUGCCAGUCCUGAGAGUGACAGCUACAACUUCAUGGUUUCUCUUGAAGUGAAGGAGGAUGAUGGAAAAGGCAAUUUCAGUGCUGUACCGAAAGACAGAGAGAAGCUGUAUUUUAAGUUGCGACAGGGGAUAGAGAAGAAAUUGAUCAUCACUAUGCAUCAAACGUCGAAUUGUGAACUCGAUAUUGAGCGAUGUUUUGGCAUGCUCCUUAGUCCAGGAAAAAACGUGCGGAACAGUGACAUGCACUUGCUUGACCUGGAGUCCAUGGGAAAGAGUUCUGAUGGCAAGUCCUAUGUAAUUACAGCAAUGUGGAAUCCUAAUGGUCCUGCCUUUCAGGCUCUGAACGAGGAGACUCCAAAAGAUAAAAGGGUCUACAUGACUGUGGCUAUUGACUUAAUAAUUACUGAGGUGGUGGAGCCUGUCAGGUUUCAGUUGGAAGCAGUCGCCCGUGUGUAUCCAACCAAUGAGAGGUUCUGGUACUUCAGCAGAAAAACCUUCUCUGAAGCUUUCUACAUGAAGUUGAAACAGUUGGAAAGAAAAGAUCGCGCAGGUAUUGGUGACACGAUGUAUGAAGUGGUGUCCUUGCAAAAACAGUCUGAGAGAGAUGGGACUGCUGCUGCUUCAACUGGCUUUAUGCUGUACCAUGGGAGACAAGCCAGUGUGACCCUUUCCCCCCAGGAUAAGGAUGAUGAAGAAAGUGAUAAUGAACUGUCGAGUGGCACUGGGGAUGUUUCCAAGGACUGCCCGGAGAAAAUUCUGGAAUCGUGGGGGGAGUUGCUGCACAGAUGGCACAGCAACCUGGCUGCCAGGCCCAAAGGGUUGCCAGGCCUGGUCAGAAAUGGUGUUCCAGAAGCACUGAGAGCUGAAGUUUGGCAACUGUUGUCAGGUUGCCACGACAAUCAAGUGAUGCUGGAAAAGUACAGAAACCUGAUCACUAAGGAUUCCGUUCAGGAAAGUGUCAUUACCCGUGAUAUUAAUCGGACUUUCCCAGCCCACGAUUACUUCAAGGACACUGAUGGAGAUGGGCAAGAUUCGUUGUACAAGAUCUGUAAGGCAUACUCUGUGUAUGAUGAGGACGUUGGUUAUUGCCAGGGCCAGUCUUUCCUUGCUGCUGUACUUCUGCUGCAUAUGCCAGAGGAGCAGGCGUUCUGCGUCUUGGUGAAGAUCAUGUAUGAUUAUGGUCUCCGGGAGCUCUACAAGAACAACUUUGAGGAUCUGCAUUGCAAAUUUUACCAACUGGAAAGGCUACUCCAGGAACAGUUGCCUGAACUCCACAAUCACUUCGUGGAUCUGAACUUGGAGGCCCACAUGUAUGCUUCGCAGUGGUUCCUCACACUGUUCACUGUCAAGUUCCCACUCUGCAUGGUCUUCCACAUCAUCGAUCUGCUGCUGUCUGAGGGCCUCAGCAUCAUAUUCAAUGUGGCACUGGCUCUACUGAAGACUUCCAAGGAGGACUUGCUGCAGGCUGACUUUGAAGGGGCACUGAAGUUCUUCCGUGUCCAGCUGCCAAAACGCUACAGAGCUGAGGAGAAUGCCAGGAGACUAAUGGAGCAAGCCUGUAACAUAAAGGUGCCAGCAAAAAAGCUGAAGAAAUAUGAGAAGGAGUACCAAACCCUGAGAGAGCAGCAGGCACAGCAGGAAGACCCAAUUGACAGAUAUAAGCGGGAGAAUCGGAGACUGCAGGAGACCAGCUUGCGCCUGGAACAAGAGAAUGAUGACUUGGCUCAUGAGCUUGUGACCAGCAAGAUUGCCCUGAGGAGUGACCUCGAUCAGGUUGAAGACAAGGCUGAUAUCCUCAACAAGGAGCUCCUCCAAACCAAACAGAAGCUGGUGGAGACUGAAGAUGAGAAAAGGAGACAGGAGGAAGAAUCGGCACAGAUUAAAGAGGUUUUUCGCAGGGAGUUAGAGAAAGCUGAAUGUGAAGUCCGCAAGACAAGUGCAAUCAUUUUGGAAUACAAACAGAUUUGUUCACAGCUGAGUACACGGUUGGAGAGACAGCAGGCGGCGGGUAAGGAGGAACUGGAGCUAGUGAAGGGUAAAGUGCUGUCCUGUGACCGCUGCUGUGAACUCUUCAGGGAGGACGGUGAGCUGCAGCUCCCAGACUCUGGCCAGGAUCACACGAAGCAGCACAUUGAUGAAGAGAAGGAGAUUCUGAAGAAGCAACUGCGGGAGAUGGAGCUGGAGUUAGCACAGACCAAACUGCAGUUGGUGGAGACCAAGUGUAAAAUCCAGGAGCUGGAGCACCAUCGGGGAGCUCUCCUCAAUGAGAUCCAAGCUGCCAAAAACUCCUGGCUCAGCAAGACCCUAAACUCGAUCAAAACUGCCACUGGCACUCAACCCCCUCAGCCUCCACCUUCCCCUGCUCCCAAGGAAAGCACAUAGUGCCACACACCUCGUCCUCCCCCUCUUCUCAGCCCCUGAUGGUGAAGGAACAGCAGACUGAGGAUUACCUCCUGAACUCAACAGCAAGUCCUCACCACUGGCACUAUCCUCAAGCUCAAGAAAUUGCCCUGCUCGGGGCCAGCUGCCCAGUUCUUUGUACAUUUAAGUCCUUCCUCAAUCUUGGAAUCCAAUCUGACCGAUUGUUGGUUUGUAUAUUGUAGAACAAGAAAUGUUGUAUUUUAUAA